AUGGCGACUCCGAGUAGGAAUACUGUCAAAGUUUUCGUGUAUAUAGGAGGCCAUAUUGUUCAUGAGGGAUUGUCAGUGAAUUAUGAUCAACCUCAUCAUACAGUCGUACGAGUGAAACACGAUAUAUCUUUCUCAGACUUCUUGGCGAAAAUAUACUCACGUUGCCGAAUAGAUAGAAAUGAAUUUGUGUUAUCGGUGUCGGGCAAAAUAUCACGAUGGUAUCAAAAUCAGUGGAGCGAGAUAGUUUCUGAGAUAACAAGUGAUGAUGAUUUAGAAAUCUAUUUGCACCCGGAUGAAGGAAACGAUUGCAUAGAUGUUUAUGUUGAGUCUCAGCCUUUAUACAAUCCUUUGAUGCCUUCACAAUUCACUACAUCAGAGCCUCUCUACUCCCCUUCGAGACCUUCACAAUUCAGUACAUCAGAACCUCUCUAUUCCCCUUCGAGACCUUCACAAUUCACUACAUCAGAACCUCUCUACUCCCCUUCGAGACCUUCACAACAUUUUGAUUUGAAUGAUGCGUACAAUUCAUUUAUGCAAACAAGUCCUGAGUUAGUUGCGGUUACACAAGGGUUUUCCAAUAUGGGCUUUGAAGCGGGGCCAUCGAGGCAUUCUUAUCAAAAUCUUGGGGUACAUAUUGGGGAAUCAAGUGGAAUGAGAAAUGCUCAUGAAAAUUUUGAUCUUCCUAAUGAAACUCGUCAUUGUAAUAAUAAUGAUGACGAUGAUCCUUUCGGAGACGCACAUGGGCCAAAUGUUCGAAGCGACUCUGAACCCUCCGACCAUGGAGACGAUGAUGAUAGUGGUGAAGAGAACAAUGAUGAGAAUAUCGAAGCCGUUGAUGACGUUGUACAAACAAUAUCGCAGGUAGAAAUUCCAUCAACUUCCCAAGUUCAUGUCAGCAAUCCAUCAUUUGCAGAACCUCCUACUCAGUUUUAUGAUCCACCUUCGUUCUACUCUCUGUCAUUUCCUGAAAUCCCAGCCGAUUCCAUUGAUGUUCCGUCGGGUAUGUGGUCAAAAUUUUAUGAUAGCAGCAAAGGUACUCUCGAAAAGGGGAUGAUUUUUGAUAGUAAAGCAAGGGUCAUUUCAGCCGUUAGAGACCACUCCAUUCGAUUUGCCAGAAGAGAGUUUAAAGUUAUCGAAAGUACAAAAAGAACUUGGAAGGUUAUCUGCAAACACGACACUGAAGCAAGACCUUGCAGAUGGAGGCUAAGAGCAUCAAGAAUUGGGGAUAGAGGACAAUUUAGGAUUGGGAUCUACGAUGGCGAUCAUAGUUGCGGUAUGCAAGGGAUGACAAACAAUCAUGGCAACUUGAACAUCAAUUAUUGCGCCGCAAUUCUAUUGAAAAGUGUUCGUGAAAAUCCAGUUUGUGAGAUUUCAAAGGCAAGAGAGAUUGUGACCGCGCAAAUAGGAUAUGAGAUAUCCUACAUGAAGGCAUGGUACACUUUAAAGCGAUGCAGAGAAAAUGUAUAUGGAACAUGGGAGAGUUCGGUCCAAAAGUUGCCAAAAUUUAUGAAAGCACUGCAACAAAGGAAUCCAGGCACAGCUGUUGAGUGGGAACAUCACGCGACAAAUCAUCCAUCGAAAUUCAUAAUCAAAUACGUCUUCUGGGCCUUCAAGCCGUGUAUUGAUGGUUUCAAAUACUGUCGUCGGGUGAUCAGCGUCGAUGGAACUCAUUUGUACACUAAGUACAAACAUAAGAUGUUGCUUGCUGUGUGUUUGGAUGCGAAUCAACAAGUUUUACCACUUGCGUAUGCAAUUAUUGAUGAAGAGACCGCAAGUGCAUGGAAGUGGUUUUUCAAAUGCAUUGACAAACAUUUACUUUCGGGCAUAUCAGAUGGUAUUUGUAUAAUUUCGGAUCGAGGAACCGGUAUUUUAAGUGCCAUCGAUUCCAUGCCUGAGUUUAGACCCCCUCGCAUCACCCAUCGAUUUUGUUUGAGGCAUGUUUGUUCAAAUGUCAACGCCAUGUUUAAGAGCAUUGUGGUGAAAGAUUUUUGUUACGCUGCUGGAAAACAAUCUCAGGUUUGGAAGCUGAACCGGUAUUUGGACAAGAUUGGGGAGGAAAAUCCCAAUGCACACAGAUACUUGAUGAACAUGGAUCGAGAAAAGUGGACUUUAGCACAUGAUGGAGGGUCUCGACGCGGUCAGUUGACGACCAACUUGUCCGAGUUCAUCAAUGGUGCUUUGAAAGGUGCUCGUAAACUGCCUGUCACAGCUAUUGUGGAUUUUACAUUUCAUCGAGUGGUUAAGCACUUUAUUAAUCGAGUAGCGAAAGGUAAUAAUUGGGAGCAAUCGGGACAACGAUGGGCCGAAUUUCCAUUGAAGAAGUUCAAAUUAUGGGAGGAACAUUCGACGACCCAUUACAUGAGAAGGUUCAACACUCGCAACUACGCUGGUGAGGUAUUCACCAGGGCAAAACCUCAAGGAGGUGGAGGAAAAACACAUUGUGUCGAUCUUAGGGCCAAAGAAUGCUCAUGUAAUAAGUGGACCUUGUUUGGGAUUCCUUGCUCUCAUGUGCAACAUGUAUGUCGUGAUUUCCGUUUGGAUGCCGAAACUUUGGUUGCCGAGUACUACAGUGUUAGAAACCAUAAGAACACAUAUAGUGGCGUGUUUCACCCUUUGCUGCCUGAAAUGUGCUGGGAGGAUGCAGAUUUUGAGCUAUUUCACGAUGUUACCCUACGGAAAGCUACACGACGGGGUAGGCCAGAAAGUACUCGUAUUCGUAACGAAAUGGACCGACCACAAGCGCGUGCUAGAAGAAAAUCUCGGGCAACACAAGAAUCACACUAG